CGGGGAUAUACACUGACGUGGAGCAAUGCUUGUGACUCUGCAGCUCCUCAAAGGCCCCUAGAAGCCUGUUUUUCAGCGCAGUCCAGGACUUCCAGCCCCAUGGAGCCCCCGAUCCCACAGAGUGCUCCUUUGACUCCCAGCUCAGUCAUGGUCCAGCCCCUUCUUGACAGCCGUAUGCCCCACAGUCGGCUCCAGCACCCACUCACCAUCCUACCCAUCGACCAGAUGAAGACCAGUCACGUGGAGAACGACUAUAUAGACAACCCUGGCCUGGCUCCCCCCACUGGUCCCAAGCGGACCCGGGGUGGAGCCCCAGAACUGGCCCCGACACCCGCCCGCUGUGACCAGGACGUCACCCACCACUGGAUCUCCUUCAGUGGGCGCCCCAGCUCUGUGAGCAGCAGCAGCAGCACGUCGUCUGACCAGCGCCUCUUAGACCACAUGGCACCACCGCCCGUGGCUGACCAAGCCUCCCCGAGGGCCGUGCGCAUUCAACCCAAGGUGAUCCACUGCAAGCCACUGGACCUCAAGGGCCCAGUGCUGCCACCAGAGCUGGACAAGCACUUCUUGCUGUGUGAGGCCUGUGGGAAGUGCAAGUGCAAGGAGUGUGCGUCCCCCCGGACGUUGCCCUCCUGCUGGGUCUGCAACCAGGAGUGCCUGUGCUCAGCCCAGACCCUAGUCAACUACGGCACCUGCAUGUGCCUGGUGCAAGGCAUCUUCUACCACUGCACCAAUGAGGACGAUGAGGGCUCCUGCGCUGACCACCCCUGCUCCUGCUCCCACUCAAACUGCUGCGCCCGCUGGUCCUUCAUGGGUGCCCUUUCCCUGGUGCUGCCCUGCCUGCUCUGCUACCUGCCGGCCACUGGCUGCGUGAAGCUGGCCCAGCGUGGCUAUGACCGCCUGCGCCGCCCUGGUUGCCGCUGCAAGCACACGAACAGUGUCAUCUGCAAGGCAGCCACCGGAGAUGCCAAGGCCAGCAGACCCGACAAGCCUUUCUGACGCUUUGGGUCGAAUCCCCUGAGCUCCCCCUGGAAACUUGGUUCCCUUCUGACACUAGAGAAGACCCGCAGCAAGGCCAGAGGUUUCAACCUCCUGAGGCUGUCCUUGCUCUCUGCUACGUCCCCCAUCCUCCCCUCCAGAUUCCGAAGAAACAGACCGUCGCCCACCCUCUAGUCCCAAAAGGAUGAAGAAGCACUUUGGGUUGUUUUGUUUUGUUUUUUUUAGGGUCCUGGAACUUGGUGUCAGACAGUGGCAGGGGUGUGCUGUGGCUGGGGGGAGGGGCAGGGGGAGGAGAUUUUUCUUUUUCAGAAGACGGAACACAGAUGUGGACACAUAUCCGGAAGUUGCAGCUGCUUGAAUUCCUUCCCAGUCUCUCCUCCUCCCUCCCUCACUCCCCCUUCUUUUCCAUUCUCUUCAGCUGCCUGGGAGGAAUCGUUAACUUGCCAGGGGACCUUUGAAGAAGACCCUUGGAAUCUUGCCCGUCUAUACCUUCUCCCUCCACCCCGCCCCUCCUCAGUUUGCCCUCGACAUCUUGGGGAGGUAUAGCCCCUGGUGAUCCCUGUUGUAUACACUUGGGCGCCCUCUGAGAACAGCGGACGCCAGUGGGUCCCUGCUGCUUUCCUCGCUCUGCCUCCCUGGAGCCACGGACAGCACAUCUCUCCCUUCCAGCUUCACUAACUCUUGGGGGUGUUCCACUCAUAACACCGUCCUUCGGUUCUUAACCGAGUCACAGACUCACCUGCCCGCUAAGUGUCCUGAGUUCUCUCUACCCUUCCUGAAAUUUUAUGGGUAGAGAAGCCCAGGGCGGCAAAUGCGAGACCAAAUAUCAUUUUGCCAAUGAGUCUGAGGCUGUGGUCUCUGGAUCCAGUCAUUAUGUUUUUAUAGAAUAAUUAAACCAGAUGCUAACGGUGUUUUUAAAAAAUAACAAUAAAAACACUUGCUUCCUUUUGGGCCACCCCCAGGAAGGGCUGAUUUUAAAAUCUGGGGGUGAGCAACCUCAAGGAACACAAUCCCCCCCCCUCCCAGAAGAGGAUUUUAACAGCAAAGAAGAGAGGCAGCACCUCCCAUUGGCAGAAUGACAAUUGAGCCGAGCUGGGUGUGGGUUUCUUCUCCUCUGAUUCUGCUGCUUGCUGUCAUAGCCUUUUAUGUACAGUGAUGUGUCUGUAUCUUUAAUGUAAAUAGACAGGUGAUGGGGGAAAACGUCUAUUUUAGUGUUAGGAAGUCCCGGUGGGGAAGUCAAGCGUGUGGGAGGGGGAUUUUCGAGGGGCUUCCUGGGAUUGAGCCCUACUUCUGUGCGUGGCCGUAACACCCCUCCUGACAGCCCCCAAAGUCGUAGCAACUCUUUCUCUCAAGGUGCUAAAGGACUCAGAAAGUGCAGCCCGUCCCGUGGGUAGGUACUUGUUGCAUGCAAAAGCUGUAGUGUGUCUGGUCCUUCCUCCCCAGCUGUUGUGUGUGGGGGUUUGAUUUGUGUGGUAUUUUGUGUUCCCCCUCAAAUGAGAGGAAGCUGCCUGGGUCAGAAAAUCUCCCCGAGGUGAAACUGGAAGUGCAUCAGGUGGAGCAUUUGUAGCAUUUCCAGUUCUGUCAGGACAGAACUGCCUCCAGGAAGGAGGCCCGGAGGCAGGUAGCUGUGAUUGGCAUGCACCCAAUGCUUCUCAAGAACUUUUUUUCCUUCCUGAAGACUAGUAAUAACGUCUUAUGAUUUAGCAUAACUUAAUUGUAACCAUAGGUAUUUAUUGAUUGGAGGACAGGAGGGGGGGGUCUUAUUAUUUUAGGCUUUAUUUAUAUAACAUUUGCUAGCUUGUAAAAGGCAAAUAUGAAAAACUGCAUCUGCGUUUUCUAAGGCUGAUUCAUGUAGCUGCCCUUGCCACGGUGGUGAAGGAUGUAUGGAUGAUCUUGCACAAAUUGGAGGGAAUGGUAGAAAAACACAUUCAGCCAACCACUUAACACAAAUUGAAUGUAUCAGAUGUGUACUGAAGGGACUGGAGAUGUUUUCUCACAAUAAGUGUGCAGAGGUUACCCCCCAAAAAGAGGGCACAUGUCCGCUCUUGGCGAGGCCUCUACUUUUCCCAGAGCCCCUCCCUCAGAUGUCUCCACAGGAAACUUGACCCAGUGGCAAGUUGUACUUUGGUGAUCUUGGUGUUCUACACCCCUGUUCUGUGGAGAAUUGAUUUACAUAAGCUGUGUAUACACACAAACACACACACACACACACACCCUGCCCCACACUAACUAUCUACAUAGACCCCAUUUCCUGGUGAACAGCCUCCUGAACCCUGACUUUUUGUGUACAUAGUUGUAAACACGGAUCUUUCUGGGUUUUGGUUUUCUUUUUCUUUUUUUUUUGUCUUCCUGUUUUGGCUUGUUCUUUGGUUUGCAUUUAACCUGCUAGAUGGAUGUCUGCAGAACUCAGUGUCCCUUGUGCUCAGUGGAAAGGGAAGGAGUGAAGCGGUGUGGGUUCUCCCAGCUCUGUUGUGUAGCAAUCCCUCAGCAUGUUUUUCUCGGCAUCUUGGCAAAAUACAAAAGAAAGUUGGCUUGCCCGUGGACCCCGGGGGCCAUUCAAGGCCACUGAGCGACCAAACUCUCAGAAACACAGCACAGUUCUGUGGCUGCUUGGGAAUGGUUGUGUUUCCUGUCACCAGCGGCUUACUUGGCUGGAUUUUGCCUUGUCUUGACCUUUUUUGAAAAGUGCCAGUUGGUUCCCAUUUCUGGUUAUCCUGGGGUGGGUGGUGAUUCUUCCUGCAACUAGGGCUGGGAUCCACAAGCCGGGGUCCAGGACAAUGUUCCUAGGGGCCUUGGCUGCACCCCCCCACCCCCAAGGAAGGGUUUGUGAAGGCCCCAACACUCCAGCAAGUUCCCUGGGAACUGGGUCUGGGGUAGAUGAUGGGGCACAAACAAGACCUUUCACAGCCCCUGGCUGGAAGGGAGGUGAAGACCAAUUCCUGCUGUUGAAAUGGCCCCCUUAGCUGGUGGAGCUGGAAGACCUUCACGGGAUAUGUUGGUCUUUCAGCAUCUGGAGUCUUCACGGGUCCCCAUUGUAAAUCGAGUGAGGCCCAGUUAGGUGAAGACUUGCCCCAGGUUGCCGGACAUGGAAAGUUGGUGGGGACCAGCAUCCGGAUGCCAUCAUAUUCUCCCAUGCUGCCCCAGGAGCUGCCUGGGGGGUGGGGGUGGCACAGCUUUGCACUGUAUAAUUCACUGGGGUGCCCCCGCAAGCUUCUGGUUCAUGCCUUGGGUAAGCAUCUUUUCAUGCCCUCUGCUUACUGUGACAGUUGGUGACAAAUCUUGUGCUGCCAUUUUUUGCUGUGGGUGACUCCAUGCGGUGUCUUCACAAUCUUGCUUUCUCCUGUCACUGCCCCACAGUUUGGUUUCGUGUUACAAACAGAAAAGCUGUUCAAGGUUCCCACCCCUCCACGUUCCUACUCCAUUCCCCCCUUCACUGUAGCCCCUUCUUACCCCUCAACAAAAGUUACCACAGAAGGUUUCCUUUGUAUAGAAUAUUUAUUUUGAAGCUCUAUUUUAAUAGUAUUUAUUUUAGAAAGUCUACUAUUGUAAGAGUUCUUCUGUUUGUGAAGAAAAAACAAGUUAAAAACUGAAUGUACUGAUCUAGAAAAUAUAUAUAAAUAUAUAUUGUUAAAUAUAUACAGGAUCGCCGUUUCUCAUGCAUUUGUGUGUUUUGCGCCCUGACAUCCUCACCCAGCAAUGCCCCAAGUCUGUCGGGGUUUACCCACCAGAUGGAAAUGCCCAAGCUGGCAGCACAAAAGGGUGGGGAGAGGGCUUUGGAGGCCCUGCUUUCAGAAUGACCCUGGAUCCGCUGGAGGAAAGCUAUAGGAAGCAGAGUCCUGCCAAUGGAAGUGAGAAAAACUACUCUGACCUGUCCUUUGCCUCCAAAUACUGCAGGUCUUCCCCCUUAAUGCCCUGCUGCCCCCCAAAUAAGUGUUUGUAUACAUGCUACAAGAAGGCAAACGACAACACUAUUGGUGGUUUCCUGACUUUCACUAGAGUGGUGGAUGUAGCGCAAAACCAAUUCCUUUAACUUCUAGCCAUCAUCCACCUAAUGGGCGCACCUUUGCCUUCUAAUACACCUUCCACCAGCUUCCCCUCUCACCACUUCCUGGAUACACCCAAGCUUGGUUGAGACCCAGCCACUCCACCUCUCACUUUGUAUAGCUCAUGGGGUUUUUUUAUUACCUUUAAUUACUGAUCCAAUCACAAUGAGCCCUGAACUUUUAUUUUGAGCAUGUGAACACUUCUUUUCUAAAGAAGAGGUUCUGGAUAAUAGUCAAAAGACUUUUUUCCUGUUAUCAAACAGUUGGGGCAAGACAACUAACGAAGGGGGGCAGGGAGAUUGGGGGAGAUGAGCGAGAGCCCUGGGUCCAGGUCUUCAUUUCUUUAGAAGCCACCAAUAUGAUGUCUCCCAACACUGAAAGCCAUGGGUUCAAACAUGGGACAUCCAAACAAACAUUCCAAGGACUCUCGGGUCACUGCCCAAGAGGCACAAUGGAUGUGCUUCCUCAACAUGGUUUUGUGUGCUCUGGAACUUUAAACAGUCUUCACUUUCCCUUUUUGCUGGACUCGUGGUUUGUCAUGUUUCUAUGUGAGGGAGGAGGGUUAUUAAUGUUUCAGAGUCUUCCUUCCCUGAGAAGGUAAGUAACUAUUUCUUAGGACAAUGCUUGGUGCUUUUCUUAAUCUGCUCAGCCCUGAUUGUACUGUGUGCCAGACUUGGGUGGUGGGGGGGGGUCUGUUGAUGAGUGGAGAUAUGUUAAAAUAUACCAAAAACAUAUCUCAGGGCCUUGGGUGAGAGUCUCACUACCCAGGAAAUGGGAACUAAAUGUACGUGCUUGUUUUUUUAAUCUGUGUUCAGAGAGAAUGUUCUACAUGUGCCUCACUUGUUUUUCUCUCCCUCACUAUCCCUAUUCCUCUUGGUUACCAUUCAUGAGAUGACUAUGGGAUGAUAAAAAUGGUUAGUAUUUUUGAACAUACAUGGUAGAUGCCAUUGUUAGCUCCCUACUCGAGAUGCAGAAACUGAACUUCAGAGUAAACACUGAUGCCCAAAACAUCACUGAUGGGUAAGUUCAAGACAAUUGAACUUUUAGUAACCAACUGGGGAGACCACAGGAUGGACUAAAGCAGAACUUCAGCCCUCUAACCCAUAGCCACACACGUAUCUCAAACUGGUAUUCAUCCCACCCCCCCAAGAACAAAGAGUCUGGGAAAGCCCCAGCUCUGACAGCAGACACCUGGAACCCCUUGGGUGACGUUGUCAUUUCAUCAGGAGGCCCUGGGGC